GGUUCAUCGAGUGACGGGUUAAACACAGAGCUAUUUGUGGCCUCGGCUGCUGUGCACGCCAGAUACAGAACAGAAUGGAGACGCUUCUCUUUCUAUUUCCUCAAUUCAACUACAUGUCCCCAAAGGAGGAAGCAUAUUUCAAAAUGCUUGGUCCAGAAGACUUGCAAGCACCAAAGAUGAAGGACGACAGCAGCAGACAGAAAGACAAGGAGAGGAAGAGCCGACUAAGCCUUUUUCUCACCAAGUCAGGCUCGCACGAAAACGUCAGUCCUCAUAAAAAAGCAAAUACGACGCCGAGCAACAUCUCAGCAGAGGCAGCUUUGCAAUGGAGCGACUCCUUUGAAGAACUGCUAAAACACUCAGAUGGAGUGGAAACCUUCUCUCAGUUCCUCAGGACAGAGUUCAGUGAGGAGAACAUUGAGUUCUGGUUGGCCUGCGAAGAAUACAAGACCAUUGAUUCUGAAACAAAGCUGUUGUCCAAAGCCAAAUAUAUUUAUACAGUUUUUAUCGAAUCGGAGGCCCCCAAAGAGGUCAACAUUGACUACAACACCAAGAUGGCCAUCCAGAAGAGCAUUUCACAGCCAACACGGAGCUGUUUUGAAGCGGCCCAGAUGAAAGUCCACAGCCUGAUGAAAAAGGACUCCUACCCCAGGUUCCUGCACUCUGACAUUUAUCUGCGUCUCACCAGGAGGAAAGGCCCCGGAGCCACCAUGUUCCGCAGAAGGUCACGCUCCUGUGUGUUCAACGAGAGAGGAGAGGCCACAACCGAACCGUCCGCCUGGUAGCUGCAGCAGCUGCGGCCCGCUCUGUGAAAUGGAUUCAUUUCAAUGCAGCAGAAAACCAACGAUUUGCAGCACUAUUGUUAGAAAGUAACAUUUCGAGGAAAAGUUUAUUGUUCCCAGGUUUGCUUCUGCAGAGGACUUUUUUUUAUAACCACAGUGGUCGCAGUGGAGCAUUCUGCAUGCACAGCUACCGGCAAUAUUAAUUUAGAGGAAUAUUUUGGGUAUUAAUGAUUUCUUGCUUUCCUGCGUGGAGUCUCAUUUGUGGAUGGUAAAUGUGUAGCUAUAAUAAACAUUUGGCUAGUUGUAGCUUAGCAUAAAGGCCACCGUGGCUCUGUUCAACAGGAACAAAACUGAAAAACCAAACACUCUUCAGAUCACAAAUUAAAACUCUCCGCAAAAGCAAAAACCAAAAAAGUAAAGUUGGGACGCUGUGGUGUCACAGGAGCUCAUGUGCUCGACUUCGUUGUGGCCAGAUGCAGUAAAUUCCUGCAGACUUCAUUGGUUGCCUGGCAACCUCCCAGGAACGACACCACCUAAGGAAGUUUAUAUCGCUUUUUUCUUCUUGUUUCCAGCCUUUGUGCUGAGGUAAACUUGCAGACUGCAGGCAGUAGCUUUAUGUCAUGCAGAUAAGCGAGUGGUAUCCACAACAUUAACCUUCAGGUGUAAGAAUGCAUUUAGAAAGGUUACCUCACAGCCAUGUGGUUAUCUGAAAAUAGUGGACGCCCUGUGGCCAGUCCGAAUCGAAUAAUGUCCAGGGUCACGGCAUCAAACCAGUUUACUCUGCAGCAUUUGUAGAAUGAUCCAUACAUUAUCCUUCUCAGAGGCGGUGCGCUGCUUGUGGAUUAUUGAUGAUUUUUAUAUUUCCUCCGAUCUCUCUUUAAAACUUGAAUGACAAUGGGAUCGUUUGGUGACAGACUCUCAGCUGAAGUGCCUCCACCACUGACAGCAUCCAGCCAGCCGUUCAGCCAGCCACACUGAGCCAAACUCUCCUGACUUCAGACACGUUACACUCCAGUUGCUUUGUUUUCCAAUCAAGCAAUACCACCUUUUUUACGACAUGAAUCCAGCUGAUAUGGCGUGCAAGCUAAUUAAAAUGGAUUCAAGAUUUUUAUCCCUUUUACUGUCCAACCUCCUCCAGACUAACUUGAAGCUGCAGCUGCACUGCAAAGCACUGUAACGUAUUAACAAGGGAUGCACAUCUUUCUUAUUAAUUUAAGUGCAUAUAUCUUAUUUUAAUACUAAUAUUACACUCCAUUAAUUAUGACUGCUUUCAGAUUGCUACCAUCCAAUGUAAUUUAUGUAUUACUGUGAUCAUUUGUGUUGACUUGCUGUUGUAAAAUGUAUAUACUUUAAUAUGUGGAAUAGCCCGAAUAAACACUUUCUUAUAAAAGCGGUUUUAAUGA